AAUAGCCCCGUCCAGCAGAAACUUCAUAGCAUCCCUGCAGCAUCAUGGGGUGCACUGCUCUCUGUCUCACAUUACUAGCAGCGCUCGCUGGAUCCUACGCCCAACAACCAUGCACCCUUAUAUCCCCAAAUGUGCUUCGUGUGGAGAGUGAGGAGACCUUUGUGUUAGAUGCUCAGGGGCACAACGCUGCUUUUGAUGCUGAUAUUGUGAUCCAGGAUUUUCCUCAGAAGAAAAUCACUCUUGUUCAAACCAAAGUCUCUCUAAACAGUGCCAAUGGUUUCCUUGGAGUGGUCAAAGUACAGAUUCCCUCUAAGGAUUUAUUAAAAGACCCAAAAACCAAACAAUAUGUUUAUAUUAAUGUGAAGUCUCCAGCAUGUCCACUGGAGAAAGUUGUCCUACUGUCAUUUAGCAGUGGCUACAUCUUUGUACAGACUGACAAGACCAUUUACACACCAGGAUCUACAGUUCUCUAUCGCAUUUACACAAUGAACUACAAACUGCAGCCUGUGACCAAAACUGUGAUUGUUGAAUUUCUGACACCUGAAGGGAUCAUAGUGAAAAGAGAAUCAAUGUUACCUGAUAGUAAAUCUGGCAUCAUCUCUCUGUCAUACAGAAUGCCUGAGCUUGUAAACUUGGGGAUAUGGACCAUCUCUGCAAAGUAUGAAGAUUCUCCGCAGCAGAAUUACACCAAUAACUUUGAAGUAAAAGAAUAUGUCCUACCCAGUUUUGAGGUUGAAUUGAACUUACAAAAUAAAUUCUUUUUAUGGACCGCUAAUGAAUUUAUAGUGGACAUCCGUGCUAACUACCUGUAUGGGAAGCAUGUGGAAGGAAAAGCAUUUGUGCUUUUCUCUGUGAAAAAGGACGAUCUAAAAAUUGGCAUCCCAGAAUCUCUGACAAGAGUUCCGAUUGAAGAGGGUACAGGAGAGGCGAUAUUAAAGAGAGAGGACCUGUUGAGACGUUUCAAAAAACCUGAAGACAUGCUGGAAUAUUCAUUGUGUGUAACCGCCACUGUCAUUACAGACUCAGGAAGUGACAUAGUGGAAGCUGAAUAUGAUAACAUUGCCAUUGUGACAUCUCCUUAUAAAAUUCUCUUCACAAAGACCUCAAAAUAUUUCAAGCCAGGAAUGCCCUUUGACCUUACGGUGUUUGUUACAAACCCUGAUGGCUCUCCAGUAAAUCGCAUCCCAGUGGUUGCUAUACCAGGAAACGUGAGAGGAACAACACAGGCUGAUGGAACUACAAAGCUGACACUGAACACAGGCUCAGGUUUGGCAUCUUUGACAAUAACUGUGAAAACUGUACAUCCACAAUUAACUGAAAAUUACCAGGCAUCUGCUACCAUGACAGCGAAACCAUACAGACCUCUAGGUGGUAAUUACCUGCACAUUGGCAUCACUGCAUCCGAGGUGAAACCUGGGGAAAAUGUUCCUGUAAACUUUAAUAUCCGAAAUAAUGAUCAAACAGUUCAGAAAAAUAUCCAGAGUUUCACCUACCUGAUCCUGAACAAGGGUAGGAUAAUGAGCGUAGGAAGACAGCAACGAGAACAAGGACAAUUGCUUGUUACCAUGUCACUGCCUAUCACCGAGGAAUUCAUCCCAUCUUUUCGCAUUGUAGCAUAUUAUAUAGUGGCUACCGCAGGUGUGCGUGAGAUUGUGUCGGACUCAGUCUGGGUGGAUGUGACAGAUUCCUGCAUGGGGACGCUGGUGGUAUCUGCCGACAAGGAAAAUAGAGUCUAUCAACCUGGGAGUUCCAUGAAGCUGAAGCUGAAAGCAGAUCACAAGGCUUAUGUGGGACUGGUGGCUGUUGACAAAGGUGUCUAUGUGUUGAACAAGAAGUUUAAGAUCUCACAAAGCAAGGUGUGGGAUUCUGUGGAGAAAAGGGACAUUGCUUGCACUGCAGGAGGUGGUGUUGAUGGUGCAGGAGUAUUUUAUGAUGCCGGGCUGGCAGUACAGACAAAUUACAAGAUAACAACUGCACAAAGAUCAGAACCAAACUGUGAAGUCCAUGCUCGGCGCAGGCGCCGCUCGGCAGAACUGAUAGAAAUAAAAACCACCAAAGCUUCAAACUAUCAGGGACAUGCAAAAAAAUGCUGUCUGGAUGGAAUGCAGGAGAAUCCCAUGGGUAACAGCUGUGAGCAACGCUCCCGCUACAUCCUCGAUGAGAAAGAAUGCGUGGAUGCUUUCCUGGACUGCUGCAAAUACAUGACAAAAAAGAGAGAAGAUGAUGCAAAGCUGAAAGAACAUGAUUUGCUGGGAAGAAGUGAUGAGGACAGUGAUUACAUUGAUGAUGCUGACAUUGUGUCCAGGACUGAAUUUCCAGAGAGCUGGUUCUGGAAAGUGGAGCAUAUGUCAGAAAAAGCAGGUGCUAAUAACAUUUCUACUAAGAUCAUGAAUGUUUUCCUGAAAGAUUCGAUCACUACAUGGGAGGUGUUGGCUGUUAGUAUGUCUGAAAAUAAAGGUAUCUGUAUUGCUCAGCCCUAUGAGAUUCCAGUUCUGAAGAAUUUUUUUAUUGAUCUGAAGCUUCCAUAUUCUGUUGUGAGGAACGAACAGGUGGAGCUCCGUGCCGUUCUGUACAACUAUGAAAAUGAUGACGUUAAGGUACGAGUAGAACUCACUUACAACCAAGAGUUCUGCAGUUUGUCUACAGCCAAAAAGAAGUUCCGUCAGGAGCUGAAAGUUAAGGGUCUCUCUUCAGUGUCUGUACCAUUCAUUAUUGUGCCUCUCACUCUGGGCCUGCAUGAUGUGGAGGUGAAGGCAGCUGUUUCUGGAAAAUUUGUGUCAGAUGGUGUCAGGAAGAAGCUGAAAGUUGUGCCUGAAGGAAUGCGUUUGGCAGCAACAAUAACAUCAGCAACUCUGAACCCAGAGGAAAAAGGAAAAGAUGGGGUUCAAGAAGAGAAAGUCCCAGCAGUUGACACAAAGAAUGUUGUCCCUCGUACAGAAAUUGACACAAUUAUCACCAUCCAAGGGACUCCAAUUAGUAGAAUGGUGGAAGAUGCCAUUGAUGGCUCCAAUCUGAACCAUCUGAUUGUGGUACCAGGAGGCUGUGGAGAGCAGAACAUGAUCACUAUGACUCCUAGUGUAAUAGCCACAACUUACUUGGAUAGCACUGGGCAAUGGGAGCGAAUUGGAGUAAACCGCAGACAGGAGGCCCUCAAUCAUAUCAAGACCGGUUAUGUUCGACAAAUGACUUAUCGCAAACAAGAUAACUCUUAUGCUGCCUGGAUUCACAGACCAUCCAGCACAUGGCUUACUGCAUAUGUUGCAAAGGUGUUUGCAAUGGCUCAGUCUCUGGUGGACAUUGACAGUGCUGUGUUGUGUGGCGCCAUAAAGUGGCUAAUUUUGGAGAAACAGAAGCCAGAUGGACUUUUUAAAGAGGAUGCUCCUGUAAUACAUCAAGAGAUGAUCGGUGGAAACCGUGGGUCUACAGAACCUGACGCUGCCCUUACAUCCUUUGUACUCAUAGCUAUGCUGGAAAGUCAGAAAACUUGCUCUGCACAGAUCAGUAAUCUGUUAACCAGCAUUGACAAGGCAACAACCUUCCUCAUGGGCCAGUACACAUCCCUCCGCAAACCCUAUUCAAUAGCAAUAACUUCAUAUGCACUGGCAAUGGCUGGGAAACUUAAGGAUGAUAGUAAACUGAUGUCUGCAUCUAAAGAUAAGACUAAUUGGUCAGAGGAGGGCGCCCGGUUUAUCUCAUUGGAGGCUACAUCUUACGCCCUCCUUGCACUCCUGCGCAUGAGGCAGUAUGAUUUUACAGGUCCCAUUGUGCGCUGGCUUACUGAGUCACGAUAUUAUGGAGCUGUUCGUGGAUCCACACAAGCUACCAUUGUGAUGUUCCAAGCUUUAGCCCAGUAUCAGAUAGAUAUCCCAAAUGCUAAUGAGAUUGACUUGGAUGUCUCCCUCCACCUCCCUGAGAGACAGCAGCCAUUAGCAUAUCGCAUCAAUCUUGGAAAUGCUUUAUUGGCCCGUUCUGCCGAGACUAAAGCAAACAAACCCUUUGUGGUAAAGGCAAAAGGGAGAGGACAAGCUACUUUAACUGUGGCCACAGUGUAUUACGCCCUUGUGACAGAGAAGGAAAGACAGUGCAAUAACUUUGAUCUGUCUGUGACAGUAAAAGAUGAGCCACAAUUUAAGAAGCCAGAGGGUGUUGCUGAGACAAAAUCUAUAACUGUAUGUGUCAAACAUCUUAAAGAUGUUGAUGCGACUAUGUCUAUCAUCGAUAUUACUAUGAUGACUGGGUUCUCUCCUGAUAUUGAAGCACUUAAUAAGCUAUCAAAAGGAGUGGACAAAUACAUCUCCAAAUUUGAAAUCAAUAAAGAUGCAACAGAGAGGGGCACCCUUAUUGUCUAUUUAGACAAGAUCUCUCACAAAGAGGAGGAAUGUCUUAAGGUUUAUGUUCACCAGUUAUUUGCGGUUGGUCUCAUCCAGCCUGCUGCUAUCACAGUGUAUGACUAUUAUACUCCAGAAAGCCGCUGCACUAAAUUCUAUCAUGUGGAUAAGCAAAGUGCUUUACUGGGCAAGAUAUGCAAGGAUGAAGUGUGUCGUUGUGCAGAGGAGAACUGUUUCAUGCAGCAGCAGAUAAAUGAUGACAUCACUGCAGAAUUGCGAUUCAAUAAAGCAUGUGAACCUGGUGUUGACUAUGUGUACAAAGCCACAGUUACUGCAGUAGAGGCUGGAGACUAUGAUACCUAUGUGUUGAAGAUUGAUAAAGUUAUUAAAGAAGGUACUGAUGAGGACACUGCAGGUAAAACGCGUAACUUCAUCAGCCAUGCAAAAUGCAGAAACGCCUUAAAUUUGGAAGUAAAUAAAGCUUAUUUAAUCUGGGGCUCAACUCUUGAUCUAUGGAACCAGCCAUCUGGCUAUGCUUACAUCAUCGGGAAAGAGACAUGGAUUGAGCGGUGGCCAGAUGAGAGAGAAUGUCAGACUGCUGAGUUCCAACAGGCUUGUGAUGAUAUUGAAAUGAUUACUCAAAACCUGGAGCUUGGGGGUUGUCCCAACUAAUCAAGGGAAUUCUAAUGCCAUACUUUCAAAAUCUGACAUUUCACUUUAAAUUUCUUGUAAUAUUUUAUACAACAUUAAAACUUAUAUUUUAUGUUU